AUGAACAUUUUCCAGACAUUCUUAGAAACGAUUACGUGCCAUUUUAUUAGGAAGCUGCCCAGUCGGGAUCAGAAAAAAACUUCUGUCAGAAUUUGUAAUGCUUGCGAUGCUCCUAAUUGUAGUCGCCACGACCCAGAGUUAUUACCCGAUCCCUGGGUUGGAUUACUCAUUCAUAAACAAUUGGACCAGGCUAUUGAAGAUUUUUAUAACAGAAUUUUAGAGCAAUUUAUUAAUACAUGGUACAGCAAAAUAACUUUGCAGCCAUUUUUUAUUGAUGAACUUCGACAACAGUUGAGAUAUGCUUCGGCAUGUUUGUACAGGAGAGCUCUUACAAUAGAUCCAGGAGUGUUCCUAUUCAGUCGGCUGGUCCCAUGCGCGUUACGUCACGUGUCGCUGCCCCCGGCCGCCACUCACACCGCUCUCAGUUCGCGCGCAUCUGAGCUACGCUAUCUGAGAUGUCUGUCUGAUACACUGCUGCCAUAUCUAUUACGACCGGCUGAUUGUCAUAAUGAAGUGUUCCGAACAUUAGUUCGUGAGCUAGUGUCGUGGUGGGUUCUCUUGCCGCUGGUGGACGUGUUGGCCGACCCCUACACCCUCAACACACUCCUUCUGCUCCUCACUGGGGAUGACACCAUGGCGCCGUUACCCGCCACGCCAGAUUAUAAAGUAGAGUUCUUAGAGUGUUUCGUCCGUCAGUCAGAGUGUGUGUAUUCAUCGAGACCUCGUCUGCUUCGCGUUCAAUUGGAACCAUUAGUUCAAGAGUCAAGCGCUCUAUACGCGCUACUACAAUACCUAAAAACAACACCUCAUUUACAGCUCCUACAAUUCUACCAGGACAUCAAGUCGUUUCAAACUCGAAUAUUAAACCCCGAGCUGAGUGUAUCGGAACAGGAAUCUCUCCAGCGUGAAGCUGAGGAGUUGUUUUCGAGAUACAGAAGUAGCGGACAUCACGAGCUCAUACACGAGAUGGAACAAUUGAUGAAGGAGGGAGGAGUCAGGAGACUUCAGACAUCUCGUGCGCUAUACCAGGCUGCAAGACAGGCGCACAGUGCCCUAGAGAAGAUAAUGCUACCAAAAUUUUUACAUAGCGAAGAAUUCUACAAAUUAUUAAUAGGUCCGAGAUUGCCUGUUGGAUAUCACAAACAGAUGUCGAAGAGGUCGGAAGAUAAGCAGAAUAUAUUGAAACUCGGUGUGAGGAUAAAGAACGCUUUGAAGCAGCAGGAGGUGGACGGGCAGCUGGAGAUGACGUCACACAUGGAAGAAGAGGAGGGGAUAGAGAAUAUUGACAUACUACAGUACCUGGACUCACUCGCCGCCGAGGACUCGUUGGAAGAGGACCUCAGCACGUACAAAGUGGUCCUCACUAACGUCGAAUCUACAUUGCAAGCCCCGCCCCGCCGUGGUCCGGUGCGUGUGUUCACAUUAGCCGUGCACCGCGCGGGUCGUUCUAUGGACGUUGAGGCUGCCCUGUGGCGCGUCAAGCGGAGCGAGCACGACUUCCACCUGCUGCGGGCCAAGCUGAGGGAGUUCCAUGGAGACGCGCUGGCGCUGCAGCAGCUGCCGUCUAGGAGAGACAACAGUCCUCUAGAGACUCUCCGCUACAAGUACGAAGACUUCCUCCAGAGACUGCUCCAAGUCUCCCUACUCCAGACCAGCGAGCUCCUACAUUUAUUCCUCACAGUUGAUGGAGACUUCUCUUUAGUGGUCCAAGCGUCAACCCUGAAUGCCUCUAACACAGACCUCGGAAAUAUUUAUCAGUCCGUGGCUCAUAAACUACGGAAGGAAAAGGGACAACACUUAGAAAGCUUCCUCAGAAACUUUCUGGUUUCGUCUGAUAAAGAACGUUAUCAGGCUCUAAAACAAGGAACCCAAGUGGAGGAAGCUCACGAAGUGAACGAAGAAGACACGGAAAAGAUCGUUAAGAGACAACACAACGUGCGGAGCAUACGGUCCAGUGUGUUUGGGAACAACUUUGAUACGGAACAGGAAGAAGUGACAAACAUACACACGGACUACCAACAACACGUGGUCGGCUUCACGCAGUGCUUCAUGUAUCUAUUAAUAAAAGUGUUGAAAGUACCGGGGCUGGUGGUGUGCGUGGUGGGCAGCGUGCUGUCUCUGGUGAGGGACGCGCUGGACCUAGCGGGCUCGGCUCUAACCAACAAGUACCUGCGGGAGCUGCUCAGCGAGAGGCGACUGGCGCAUCUCAUACGACUGGGACAUAACCUCCUGUUCAAUGACCGCAGCCCCCGCAGUCCUCCGUCGCUGGUGACGUCACGUGCGCGAGCGCGGGUGGUGGGGGCGGGGGCGGGCCGGGGGGCGUGGUUGUGGGCGGGGCUUGGACAGGAUGUGUUCGAGUUAAUGCAAAUACCGAGGAUGAACAAACAGCUGGUGUAUAACUUACUGGACCUGUGUGUUCUCGAACUGUUCCCGGAGCUGCGCUCUCCCCACACUUGA